GCCGCCUUCUGCCAGAUGACUCCAGCACUCCAGCUCCCCGCAGCUGACCUGGCUGAUGCUAGGGACAUAAGGAAGAAGGACAGGGACAGCCUUGGCUGGGUUUUCCACGGGGAGACUCCGUCCUCUCCUCUGGGCCUCUCACCCCAGCCGCGGCCCAUGGAGCCCGCCGGCCCGGCCCCCGGCCGCCUCGGGCCGCUGCUCUGCCUGCUGCUCGCCGCGUCCUGCGCCUGGUCAGGAGCGGCUGCACAGGAGCUGCAGGUGAUCCAGCCUGAGAAGGCAGUGUCUGUCGCUGCUGGAGAGUCGGCCACUCUGCAAUGCACUGUGACCUCCCUGCUCCCCGUGGGGCCCAUCCGGUGGUUUAAGGGGGCAGGGCCAGGCCGGGAGCUGAUCUACAACUUCUUAGGAGGCCACUUCCCCCGAGUCACAAAUGUCUCAGAUACCUCAAAGAGGGACAACAGGGACUUUUCCAUCCGCAUCAGUAAUGUCACCCCAGCAGACGCCGGCACCCACUACUGUGUGAAGUUCCAGAGAUCGAGCCCUGUUGAUAAGGAGUACAAGUCUGGACCAGGCACCGAGUUGUCUGUGCGAGCCAGACCUUCUCCCCCCAUGGUAUCGGGUCCUGGGACCAGGGCCACACCUGGGCAGAUGGUGAGCUUCACCUGCGAGUCCCACGGCUUCUCCCCCCGGAACAUCACCCUCAAGUGGUUCAAAAAUGGGAAUGAGCUCUCGCACACCCAGACCAGCGUGCACCCCACGGGAGAAAGUGUGUCCUACAGCGUGUCCAGUACAGCCCAGGUGACCCUGGCCCCUGGGGACGUGCACUCUCAAGUCAUCUGUGAGGUGGCCCACAUCACCCUACAGGGGAGCCCUCUUCGUGGGACUGCCAACUUGUCUGACACCAUCCGAGUUCCGCCCACCGUGGAGGUCACCCCACCGCCCACCAUGGCAGGGAACCAGGUGAACGUCACCUGCCAGGUGAAGCACUUCUACCCCCAGAGCCUACAGGUGACCUGGGUGGAGAAUGGAAAUGUGUCCAGGACAGAGACAGCCUCAACCCGCUCAGAGAACAAGGACGGGACCUUCAACGUGACGAGCUGGCUGCUGGUCAACUCCUCUGUGCACAGGGAGGACGUGACGUUCACCUGCCGGGUGGAGCACGACGGGCAGCCAGCCACCACCAGGAACUACACCCUGAAGGUCUCUGCCGACCCCGGGAAGCAAAGCCCCGAAAACACCCCUGACAAGUCUGCCAAUUGGAACAUCUUCAUCGUGGUGGGCGUGGUGUGUGCCUUGCUGGUGGUCCUGCUGAUGGCGGCCCUCUACCUCCUCCGCAUCAAACAGAAGAAAGCUAAAGCCACCCCUGCCUCCACCUGGUUGCAUGAGCCCGAGAAGAACGCCAGGGAUAUAACCCAGAUCCAGGACACAAAUGACAUCAACGACAUCACCUAUGCCGACCUGAACCUGCCCAAGGAGAAGAAGCCUGCCCCGCGGGCCGCCGAGCCCAACAACCACACAGAGUACGCCAGCAUCGAGACUAGCCCGCCCUCCAGGCCGGAGGACACCCUCACCUACGCCGACCUGGACAUGGUCCACCUCAACCGGGGCCCCAAGCAGCCAGCCCCCAAGCCCGAGCCGUCCUUCUCGGAGUACGCCAGCGUCCAGGUCCAAAGGAAGUGAACAGACUGUGCUUGGCUCUAGGGGCCUGUGCCCACGAGCUUUCUUGUCCCCCAUGGAGUGGUCCGUGUGGAGGACAGCCAGCCCCGUCCCGGGACGGCUGGGUGGCGUCGGUCCCAGGACCAGGAGUGAGGGUGGCUCCCGUCUGCCCAGCCCCCUCGGCUCUCCAGCGUUUCCAGGGCAGCCACGGCCCCCACACCCUGCACCCCGUCUGGAGGACUGACGUUGCCGAACCAACUGGAGAACCCAUCGGCGCCACCGCUGGGGACCAAGAACUGUUGUGCCUCUGACCGUCACUCACGGGUCUGGGUCGUGGUCUUAGAGACCCUGGCUGCCUCCUUGACGCCCCAGAUCCUGCUCUUCCAGGAUGAGGAGGACAAGACCCCCCACCUUCUCUUACCACCUCCACCCAACUGGGGCUUCUGGGAAAUCUUUUCCCUGUAGAUCCAACUGCCCCCCUCCAUGGAAAAAGCUGGAAAAAAAAUAAAACUGAGACCCGAGUCCUGAGACUCGGAGGUUGCUGCCGACAGUCCUGGCCUCGCCCGCUCCGGGUCCAUGUGCCACUCUGGAGCAUCUGCCAGCCCCACGGGGCACUGGGCGCGGCCCGCCUCUCCUCUCAGCCCCCAGCUUGCUUCCCCCCCGGCAGCACUAACCCAGCAGCCUCGCCCCGGGGACGCCUGUAAAUUAUUGAGAAAUGUGAACCGUGCAAUCUUGAAGCCGAGGUGUUAGAAAACUUGAUCUGUGGUGUUUCGUUUUGUUUGUUUUCUUUUUUUUUUCUUCUUCUUCUUCUUCUUCUUAAAACAACAGCAGCGUUCUCUUGGCUCUUUGUCAUGUGUUGAAGUUCACGGUUGGGUCUUGUGAAGUCUGAGGUUUCACAGUGUGUUGUCCUGGAGGGAAUUUUCUUACAGCAGAAAACUGAAUCCUUCCAAGUCCCAGAGCCCCGAGGACCUGGAAGAAGGAUCCAUCCGGCUGCUCUGUGGAGACACGUAGCCUUCUCUCCGGGACUCACUGGACCGCGUCCUCAGCUGGGCCACCCGACGGGGUCUGUUCCCUCCGAGGCCCCACGGUGGUAAGUGCUGACCCGUCCAGACCCGAUGCCUCAGUCUGCUCUUCCAUAGAGUGGGAAGAGGGACGAUGACACCCCUCCCCACCAUCUCUCACAAGCACUUUAGGGACAGGCACAGGGGGGGACACUGAGCCAGGCUGUUUGCCUCACCCCCUUAGCCAUCGCCCCCUCCCCAUCCGGCUCUCAGAACUCAUUCCUACAAGGAAGAAGCUUCCAUUUCUGCUCAUGAACGCCAUUGGGAUCAGACUGGAAUAGAUCCUGGUCACUUCCGGGCAGCCCAGCUCUGAGCCAGGGCAGACCCCUGCCAGUCCCCCGCCCUCUGGUUCAGGAAGUCGGGCAGAGGCUGUGACCCAGUCACCCUCUGACUGCCACUCUUCUAGCUGGGUGCCUGGCUGGGCCCAGGAGGGUAGGUCACAACCCUGGUUAUUCAGUUUUCACAUGUGGCUUGUAGACUUGAGAAAUGAAUGUCCCUGAUCCCCUGAGCUGUGGGAAGCCCAUGGCACACACUUGGCUGUCUGAGCCAGAUGCUGAGCCCGCCUGCCCGCCCGUUUCUGCAGGUGCAACACACAGGUGAGACCCGGGGGCUCAGCGCAGACCCGGCUCUCCGCGGCCGGUGACUGGUGUUUUACACACUGGCAUCUGGAAGUUUGCUGAGCCAACGGGCCACAAGGGCAGCCUUGGCCUGACAAGCCAGCUCCUCGGUGACAUCUGGGAGCCACAGUGGCCCGGUCACCUGCUCUGGCUGUUUCUCAAUUCCAAAGGGUGGGCUUGUUACCCUCCGCGUCCCUCUGCUCUGCCCAGAGACAGCACACGUGUGCACACACGCACGCACAGACACACACAGGAUUUUUAAAAGAAUGUUUUCUUGGUGCCAUUUAAAUUUUUGUUUUACUUUAAUUUUGGGAGGGGGAAAUAGGGAAUGAGGCCAAGGAAGACUGUGGUUCAGUUUCAGCCGGGCAGCCUGGAGAGUCCCCGUACCUUGUGUAUGGAACCCCAGGAAAAGGAAGAGGUUGAAAUAAACCUGCGGAAGGAGCGUGGUUUCGGGAGUUUAUUUUCAGACUGUUGGGAAGGAAACAGGCCCCGUUUUGUAUAUAGUUGCAACUUAAACUUUUUGGCUUGCAAAAUAUUUUUGUAAUAAAGAUUUCUGGGUAACAAUGA